AUGGCAAAUCGUUCCAUUUAUUCAGUUGCUAAAAAAACUGACACAUCCAUCGCAGCGACACGUGUAGAUGAUGGUGACGCGUUUGAUGCAUUUGAUGAUUUCGACAACAUAGAAGAACCAGUUCCUGAAGUCCCCAAACCCGUUGAAGUGAAAGAGGAGGAGAUUCAACCAGAAGUCUCUCAAAAAGAGGAAGUCGUUCAAGAAAAAGAGGAGCCAAAAAUCGAAGAAAAAACAACCAAUAAGCCUGGGUGGUGUUUCGACGAUUUCGAUGGGGCGGGAACUAUCAAACCAAAAAUCUACGCGUCGGCUGCGGGGGGAUCAAAUGUUUCUGUUAAAAAGCCUCAGAAAGCUCGCCCCAAGGAGACUGCUUCUUCGUCUUCAAACGUCGACUGGAACAAAUACAAAAACGCCAAAUCAAUCAGCUCGGACCAACUUUUUGGAAGCGACGAGCCAACAGAAUUUGAGAAGGCAAAAUUGUCGCAAUACCAAAACUCGUCUGCAAUUGGGUCAGACGAUUUCUUUGGAAAAAAAGAGGAAGAAAGAACUUAUAAAGUAAAAGGUGACGAUGACGACUGGGGAAAUGAUGACUUGGCAAAAGUCGCUAAUACUUUGGCAGAAGGAGCGUCGAGGCUCGCUACUAAGGCGAAGAACCUCUUUGACGAUUUCUAA